AUGAGGUUGCACAUGAGGGGCUAUGGGAAUGGUGGCAUGUGGGUUGAUGUCGACUUCCCCGCCCCUCAUGUGAUGUAUCUUCGCCGUGGUUGGAAGACUUUUGCUUGUGCCCACGGCUUCUCGGAGGGGCACGUUCUCCAGUUCAAACUAAUGGAGAGCGUCCUGCUCUCCGUCAUGAUCUUCGGGCGCUCGGGAGGUUGCUUAGGAUGUUGUGCGGAGAGCUUGACCGACGAUGAAAGCUCCUCCUCAAGCGAAAGCGACGAGGAGGACAGUGACGAUGAUGACGACGACAGCGGGCGGGAGGACGAUGAAUCUGACUCCGGCUGA